AUGGAGCAAUGUGGACUUGGAUGUGCCGCUACUUCGGGAACAGGCAACAAUGGCUUCCCACUCUCUUCCUCCUCUCCCCGAGCAACGCAUCAUCGUGGGCUUUGGCGGGACUUGCUUGGAUUACCUUGCUGUUGUAGCAAAUUUCCCUAAACCCGAAGACAACUGUCGAAGCAGGAGCAUGAAGAUGCAAGGUGGAGGAGAUGCAGCAAACACUCUGGCUUGCGCAGCUCGUUUGGGCUUGAACCCAAGGCUUAUUUCUAAGAUUGCUGACGAUAUGCCGGGCUCGAGCAUACUAAGGGAACUAGAAGCCGAUGGCGUAGAUACUUCUGCUCUCGUGGUGGCUAAGGAGGGCGCAACACCGUUUUCCUAUGUUAUUGUCGAUCAGAAAACGAAGACCCGGACUUGCAUUUUCACCCCGGGACAUCCUCCCCUGCAACCAGAUGAUCUUUCCCCAUCGAACUUGGAAGAUGCAAUGAGAGGUGCAAGUGUUGUCUAUUUCGAUGAGUGGUUGACUAACCCCGCUGCCUUUGUCGCGCGAGAGGCUGCACGGAGGAAUAUACCUAUUCUGCUAGACGCCGAAAAGAAGAGAGAAGGAUUAGAUGAUAUUUUGGUCUUAGCUCGUUACGCUGUUUGUGCAGCAAAAUUUCCGCAGGCUUGGACAGAGGCCCCAACGAUCGGGAGUGCUCUAGUCUCCAUGCUGUUGAGGUUGCCAAAAUUGAAAUUUGUGAUUGUGACUUUGAGUGCAAUGGGUUGCAUAAUGCUCGAGAGAAUCGAUACUGAGCGGCCAACUGAAGAAGUCGAUGUAGAUAGCUCACUAAGGUCACUGGAGCAAAGAAAAGACGAUACAGUUACCAUCCCGAUAUGUAUCUCGUCGGAAGCGAUGAACCUGAGAGCUGAAGGAAUAGGGACAGUGCACGGGAAAUUAUUCUUGGGAACAGCAGAGAAGAUACCGUCCUUUAUGGCCUCUGUGCUGAAAUGCCACCUGAAAAAAUGUUGCCGUUUGCUGCAAAAGUGGCGGCUUCUUGCUGUAGAGCUCUCGGAGCCAGAACUGGUCUGCCACAUCGAACAGAUCCGUGCCUCGCCCCAUUCCUGCAAGAUGGGUGCAUACAUAACACGACUAAAUGCGCUUCUACCAUUUCUGAUUGAAGAGUACGAUGCUGCUUGUCCUCAGAAGCCUCGGGCAAUCGUCCCACGAAUAAAGUCGGAUUAGCAUAUAAUAUGACAGUAAGGAGAUGAACCAUUAGUUGGUGUAAUUGUCGUCUUGUUGACGUAUGUGUGAAGUUUCGCUGGCUGUCAUCUUCAAAGUAUAAACUCUUAUUGCGUAUCCAGGUCGAUGGAUUGACGAGGAAUGAAAUGGUGGAAUGAGGAUUUCCUUUUCAUUUCAUCAUACUGAACAUGCACGAGAAGUUAUACUUGAAGAGGCCCUUUUCUUAGGCCUUAUUCUUCUCGUGAAAAUUGUAAGCCUGUAAACAUUCGGUUCUAAGAAAUAAUAAGACUUUCCGCGGCAAUUCUGCAUUCUGUGUA